AUCGUCAUAUGUAUCACUAAUAUUAUCAUAGUCGACUUAACGAUAAGUUAUUAAUAACAUUGAAAAUUUUGAAUUAGUUCACAUUAUGUUAUUUAUCUGGCUUUCCUUAUUUUUUUCUUCUUAAUCUCCCAGAGUCUUAUCGAUCAUCAUUUGUUUAUAAAUCCCCAAAAUUAAGAACUGAAUGUCCAAAGGAUUCAGUUUUUGAAGAAGGAAAUGUCAUACUCAGUGAGUGAAAACUGAGACUCUCCAUUGGAGUUCUUAAUUCUUCAGAAAAUUACUUGGAACAUUGCACCACUCCACAGUUCAUCUGAAAAAUAGCCAAAAAUGGAUUGUGAGGUCUAAAUUCCAUUUACAUGUCCUGGGUAUCUUGCCCUUUCCAAUCCUGAUAUAGCCAAUGAAGCAAAGAUAGAGAUUGUUUUAUAUGUUAAUUCCCUGUGAGGAAUGGUGGCAGAAAAAGCUGAAUGACUCGUGUGCCACUGUGUAAUGACAGCAAUGUCCAGCUUCGAUUUUUGGUUCCUGAAGACCUUCCUGAGAUUAAGAAGCUGUGCAGAGAGUGGUUUCCUAUUGAAUACCCUCAUAGCUGGUAUGAAGAUAUAAGUUGCAACAGAAAAUUCUUCUCCCUUGCAGCUGUAUACAAGUUCCAAAUCAUUGGGUUAAUUGUAGUGGAAAUAAAACCACAGGGUAAAUGUAACAAAGAGGAUCAAGGCCUUCUUUCAUCUCACUUUCCCAAAACAUCAUUAGUAGCUUAUAUUUUAACUCUGGGUGUAGUACAAGAAUUUCGAAGAAAUGGAAUAGCUACUUUACUGCUGGAUAGUGUAAUAUCUCAUCUGACCAAUAGUUCUGAAACUGCUGACUGCAAAGCAAUAUACCUGCACGUGUUGACCACUAACACUACAGCCAUUCAGUUCUAUGAACAGAGAAAGUUUAAAGUUCAUUCAUUCCUCCCCUUGUACUACAAUGUCCAUGGAGUUGCAAAGGAUGGUUACUCUUAUGUUCUGUAUGUAAAUGGAGGACAUCCACCCUGGACUAUAUUAGACUACCUGAAACACUGGGGACGGACAAUAUCACGUAUAGAACUGUGUUCCUUGCCUAAACAUCUAAUGACAGCAAUUGGUACAGUGAUUGCCAGUAUUCUACCAACAGGACUAAGGAGCAACCUUUCAGUUAGCUGAUAAUGUGUGAUUGAUGCUCUUAGCAUCAUUGAACAUUUCAAUUGUCAGAUCUCUCAGUACUUGUUAUGAGACACUGCUUCAUGUUCCAGUAGAAUGCUAUCAAAUGGUACAGAUCAAUGUGAUGAAUUUUAGCUAUGUUGACCAGACAUUGCAACAAUUAUUGAUGCAUGAAAGAAUAGCAUCGGUUUUGAGUAAAUGAAACUGGCUGUAAAUGUAGAUUAGGAGCUAUGAGUGAUUUUUAAUUUUUAUGAUUCUGUACAGUCAAACAGUUAAUGAUCAGUCAGAUACUGUAACUUAAUUGCCUUCAAAGAAUAUAAUUAAUUACAUUUUUUGUAAGUGUCAGAGUUUUUAACACAAGGCUUUACUCUCAUUUGAAGCAACUUAGAAAUCUAUCAAGAUAUGAUAUCAAUAAUGAAAUAAAGUUUGUGUAAUUAUCAACCAAGUUAAGCUUUAUAACUAGGAUUGAUAUUCUAUACAUGUAGAUAAUAUCAGAACCUUAGUCACAUAAAGUACAGUUUAACUUGUCAAGUAAACUGUGUAUACUGUAUAAGCUAUAGUCCUGACAAUCAAAGCAUAUGAAAAGAACCAAGAUGUUGAAGAUUAAGAGUUAGCAGUUUCUAUAGUAUUUAAUAGGCAUUUGUUGGACAUAUUUUUAUCCUAACCUUUUUGCAAAUCAACUGUGCAGAGGAACAAUUUUUAUUAUAUUUAUACAUAUAAAAUAAUGGAUGUAACUUAGACUAAAGCAUUAAGAUUCUAUACUUCUUCAUUAUAUGAAAUAGUUAAAUAGAAUGCAUGUAACCCAGACUGAAAUGUUACAAGCUGCACAUUUAUACACAAUGUGAAAUACUCAUAUAUAAAAUAUAUAAUCUAGAUUGAAUGUUUCAUUUAAUAGUAGCUUCACACUUGUGCAGUAUUUAUCAUACUUUUGUAAAUUGUAUGUAAUUCAGACUAUAAUAUUAAAUACAAAUCAUCUUUAAUAGUAGAUGGAACAUUUGUGAAGAAACUGGUCAGAGAAACAUGUUUCUUGGAGAUAUAGAUUUACCUGUAACCUGAUAUACAAAAAAGCAUGUACAUUUUGUGAUAUAAAAGAGAACAUGACUGUGUUAUGAUGUUGAUAAUUUUUGUAUUUCAUUUGUUAUAAUACCUCUGUAUUUUACUGAAUUUUCAUAAUUAGUUUUUUUAUCAGUCUCUUGAUAUAUAUUAGUUCUUUUAGGACUGUUUCCAUUAGUGUGUACAUAUAUAUAUAUAUAUCAAAUAUGCUGAAUACUAAUGUGUAUGAUACAGGGUUUGCACAGAGCUUGAAAAGUCCUUAAAUUUCAUGGUUGUUUUGAAAAAUUCCUUAACAUUAUAAUUCCCAUUAAAAAGCCCUUUAAUUUCAACAAGAUCACUUGAAAAAUCCUCAAAGGAAAGUAUUCUAUAAAAUUUUGAGUAAUAUUUUUCCCACGACCUAAAACUGUUUUGCUUAAGUGAUUUUCUAGUGUUGAAUGUAAAGUGAAAGAGUGAGCAGUGGAUGAAUUAAAUGCUGUAUUAUCCUGUAUUUUAUCAUGAGAAAGUGCAUAUUUUGUAGGAAAUGAUUAGACCAUGAUGAAUUUUAAGAAAAUGCAAAGGAUUUUGAGAUAAAGUAUGUUGUGAAACUUGCAAAAAAAAAGUAAUUUAUCUGUACAAGGUGGGUGAAAGUAUUCUAAGAUUGCAAAUGCAAAGUGAAAAGUUUCAGAAAAACAGCAGUACUUUGAGGCUAUCUUUCAAUUCUUUUUUUUUUCAAUUCUUCUGCAGGAUUUAUUUCUGCAAAAAACAGUACACUGGAUCCUGUGAACUGUGGAAGAUAAUCUUAUGUCAACAAUUUCAUGAAUAGCUGUUGUUGAAAGCCCUUGAAAAACAGCAGAUGAAGCUUUGAAAAGUCCUUGAAAUUUAUCAUGAUGCUUGUGUGCGAACCCUGUGAUAAUAUAAUUUGUUCAGUACAUUUUUGAAAAGUAACUAAAUAAGAAAUACAAGUCCUGUUAUGUAAUUAGUUUCAGUAUGGAUAUGUACAUUAAACCUGUUAAUAAAAUAAAUGAGGUCCUCAUAUUUUUUAAAGUUGC